GUCAUUUAGUCAAGAGCUGGUCGCCGACGGAAUCUGGACACCAGCCAGUUGGAAAAUAUAUAUUCGCGAGUCGGAAAAUAACGAUAAACCACCGACACUAUGUCAAUUUUCUCAAAAAUGUUGCUCUUCCGCAAGGUAGGAGGACGUCAUUACAGCGCUGCGGCUCAGUCCCAGCUGCGGGAGAUCUUGGGCACCCAGCUGGCCGGGAUUAAGGAAGCGGGCACCUUCAAGGCAGAACGAAUCAUCACAUCGUCGCAGAGCACCCAGAUCACCGUUCAAGGUAGUGAUAAAAAGAUUCUCAACUUUUGCGCCAACAACUACCUCGGACUGGCGAACAAUCCGGAGAUUGUGGAGCACAGCCAGAAGCUGCUGGAGCAAUAUGGAGCAGGACUAAGCUCAGUGCGUUUUAUUUGUGGCACUCAGGAUAUACACAAGGAACUGGAGAAGAAGAUAGCCCAGUUCCAUGGGCGUGAGGAUACCAUCUUGUAUGCCUCCUGCUUUGACGCCAAUGCGGGAAUCUUUGAGGCCAUUCUCACUCCGGAGGAUGCAGUUUUCUCCGAUGAACUGAACCACGCCUCGAUCAUCGAUGGCAUUCGCUUGUGCAAGGCCAAGAAGCAGCGCUACAAGCACCGGGAUUUGAAGGACUUGGAGGAUCAGUUGAAGGCCAGCGAUGCUCGUCUUAAACUAAUCGCCACCGAUGGUGUAUUCUCCAUGGAUGGAAACAUUGCACCUCUGGCCCGCAUCGUUGAUCUGGCCAAGAAGUACAAUGCCCUGGUGUUUGUGGAUGAGUGCCAUGCCACGGGCUUCUUUGGCGCCACCGGACGUGGAACCGAGGAGUACGACAAUGUCAUGGGUGAGGUCGAUAUCAUCAACUCAACGCUGGGCAAGGCUCUGGGUGGAGCUUCCGGCGGAUACACCACUGGUCCGGCCGAGCUUAUCUCUUUCCUGCGCCAGAAGUCCAGGCCGUAUCUGUUCUCCAACACACUGCCGCCAGCGGUUGUGGGAGUUGGCCUAAAGGUCAUGGACAUGCUCCUCCAGUCCAGUGAGCUCACCCAGCGGGUUCAGAGCAACACCCAGCGGUUCCGAUUGGCCAUGACCAAGGCGGGAUUCACCAUUGCCGGCGAGAACCAUCCCAUCUGCCCCGUGAUGCUGGGCGAUGCUCGUCUCGCCUCCAAGUUUGCCGAUGAGAUGCUGACCCGUGGCAUCUAUGUCAUCGGAUUUAGCUACCCAGUGGUUCCUCAGGGAAAGGCCCGCAUCCGCGUUCAAAUCUCCGCUGCUCACACUGAAGCCGAAAUCGAUCGGGCUAUUGAUGCAUUUAUUGAAGUCGGUCGCUCUCUGAAAGUUAUCCAGUAGUAAACAGUAUUGAAUAUUGCAUUUAUGUUAAUGAAUGUUGAGAGAUUUUCUUAAAAAUAUUUGUCAAUUUGUAAAAACUCCAGUUUUGCAUUUACAAUAAACAGCUGCAUUUAUAUAUA